CACACUACACAAAUAAAACAGUCAAAUUUAUUUUCUGAUUCAAGUUAUAUUGAAAAAAGAGGGACACCUAAGAGAAAGAGAGGGUCUAUUACAGCAGAAAGCUCUCCAGACCCUGGAAAUAAUAUCAAUCCACGAACACCUCAACCAUCUAGAAUCACAGUCCCUCUUUCCGAGCGACAACAGUUGGCAAUGCUGAUGAAAAUGACCGAUGAAUCAACCCAAGGAGAUUCGUCUCCGAAGCCGUCCUCCCCAAAUACACCAGUGUCAGGUAGUAAACGAACACCGAUUGAUAAAAAGGUGAAUAAAAGAAAUGAUUGUGGGGAAACAGCUCUACAUGGAGCUGCUAAACGAGGAGAUGUUAAGGAAACGAAGCGAUUGAUAAAAGCUGGUGCAGAUGUUAAUGUUACAGAUUAUGCUGGUUGGACACCAUUACAUGAGGCUUGUAUACAUGGUAUGCUACAGGUGGCUAAACAGUUAUUGAAAGCUGGAGCUAAUGUUAAAGUUGAAGGUUUAGAUAAUGACACACCCCUUCAUGAUGCUGCAGUGAAUGGACAUCAUAAGUUGGUUAUGUUAUUAUUAAAACACGGUGCCAAUCCUCAUCAAGCCAACUCAGAAGGAAAAACAGCAAUAGAUGUCGCCAAAUCUCCUGAUCUAGAAAGACUAUUGAAGCGAGAGAUAAUAAUGUCGAACAGUGAUAGUUCUAGUGUUGAUGAUGUUCGUUCCCCGAUGUCACCAGAGAGUAAUUCCUCUUUAAAAGAUGAAGAUAGACAGCUAGAAAUCGAGCAUUCAGAGGAUUUUCCGAUGCGUGGUUUUGGUAAAGAUGGUACCGGUGGAAGUGGCAGUCGGCGAGUUUUAAUUCCGAAAUCGCCAGAUAAAACAGGCUCUCCUCGUUUAUUAAUUAAAUUUAAGCCCAAAACUUUACCUGAUCGUGAUAUCACCCAAAAAUCAAAAGAUACUAAAGAGCCUCAGUUUAAAUCUUAUAGUGUUACUGUUGAUACAGGGGAACAUAAGGAUAGUUUUUCAGGAACAGGAAGUCCGGUGUCAAGUGUCGAUAGCGAUUUAUACGAUCCCGGUCUCGAUAACCCACAGUUAAUAAGAAAAGAAGAGGACUCGAAUAAACAAUUUUCUUCUAAUUCAGUGUACGAAACGUUCAGCGAUAAAAAUACCAGUUCUAGUGUAGCGGAGAGACCUUUCUCAGAACUUGGCAAAGAAAGUUCCUCUUUGCAAAAUUAUGAUGAAUUAAGCGAAGGAGACGAAGAAAGAUCACAUGCCACAUCAGGCUUGAAUAGAGGAUUAUGGGAUUACUCUCACAUUCCACAAACUGAGAGAAAUCAUUGUGUGACAUUGCGUAGUUCUUCUGUAGCGAUGUCCGGUGUUAUUCAAACAUCCGAAGCAUCAUCUGCACCCAACAGCCACCAUGUGACUGUCACUCAAAAUUCUGAUUGGGCAAGUUUGAAUCCUGUUAAAAAGAGUGCUAUAGGUGUGACUAGUGGGAAUAAUGUCGCCGACACGAGUGAUAGCGCCGACAAUAAACGAUGGGACUCGCCUCAAAUGCCCCAGUUUGAAGACAGUGUUCAGUUUUCUGAAGACAAUUCCCAAAGUUCAUUAACUAGACCUGAGGAUGACGGUGAUGAAGUUGAGAGCCGACCUUCAUCACCCAAAGUUCCUCCUUUAAAAAUUAUAAUUCCGCCAAAAACAGCCGACAAAGAAAAAGUGUCGUUAAAAGUGACGUUAAAGCCGGGGGCUGGGGCACUACCAUACGUGUAUAAUCCAUCACAGGGUGAACAGUCAUCUUCAGAACAACCUAGUAGUGCUCCAGCCGAAUUAUUACGAACUGCCAGUCCGGCAACCUCAAGACCCAUGACGUCAUCUAGUGCACCUCCAGUGUCAAAUGUGGAGGAUUACGAUAAAAGUGAUAAAGAGGACACAGUUAGUGAAAAAGGUAGUGAUACGAAAACUGAGACGGCAGAAAGUGCGGCGAAAGCGAAAGAAGAUACAGCGAAUACAGAAAAAGAGGAAAGACGGGUUACCAGGCAACUCAGGUCACACACUGCUCAGUUACAGCAGCAAAAAGAACAACAAAGUCAACCGACUUCUUCUUCAUCUGCCAAAAACAGUGACAAAAAUAAUUCAGAAACUGCAGCGGAUACCGGCAGCUAUCAGAAACCUGAAGAAAAUGAGGAUUCAUCAAGUCAUAUUCAUCCUCGGAAGCGAAAAUUACGACCUAAACCAGAGCCAGAGGAAAAACCGGCUGCUACCACGGAGGUAGUUACGAUUCCUAAUCCUGCUUCAUGGUAUCAGAUGCCUCCAAAUCCUUAUGAACUAUUUUUGAGUAUUAGAAGACAGAUAUCGUCACGGCGUAAAAAUUUAUCACCAGUAACACCAAAGCCACCUAAUGGAUAUAAAGAUUAUUUGAUGGUUAACUGUACAUAUGUCUUACAAGGAAAUACAGCCAGUACACUCUCAGUACCUAUGUUAUCAUGUCCUCAUUCUGUGGAGGGUCCUAUGAGAGAUUUAUUUAAAGAACAGGAGAAUGCUAGAUAUAAAUUACGACUACAACAUUUAAUAGAAAGGGAAAAAUUGGUAUUAUCAGCAGAACAAGAAAUGUUACGAGAACAUGGUCGUGCUGCUAGAGCAGACAUGAAUCAAUCUAUUCCUCUCAGUGCUUGUACUGUUUUACGGGAGGAAGAAAUAUAUAACUUUCUACAAUUUGAUCAGCCGGAGGAUUGUGAAAAGAAUGUAAGAGCUCGUUACAAUAAAAGACAAUUUUUAUCCUGGUUACAAGAUGUAUCAGAUAAAUAUGAAAAAAUAAAGAAAUUUUUAUUGUAUCGUCAUCGUCACGAAGCGGAAUCGUUGAAUGCUGUACAAAAAUUAGAUUGGGAGUGUAAGUUAAAAGAACUUGGUUUAUGUGAUCACAAUGUGACACCAAGUAUAGACGAACUUCACUUACCUAUGGUUACUGUUAGUGAUGAAUUUGAAUUAUUGCCUCUCUGAUAGUUUUAUUCUCGAUCAUCAUUGUUUGUUUUUUCGUCAUAAGGCCAUUUAACGUGGCUAGUAAUGUGUGUCAUAGCAAAUUGGUUUCGGAUGCUAGCUUUAUAGAGAAAACCUGGAUAAUGGUUCUACUACUUUCAUUGUCAUCAUUAUGAAAUGGCUGGAUAUAUGUGACUUGCUAAUUAUUAUACGCUCUAGUGCUACAAAGGAUUUUAAUGUGUGCUCCUAAAGAUGUGGAUAUUCAUCGUGUAAUGUUCUGUGUAUCAACCGAUGAAAGAUUCAUCUUUGGGAAUGAUUUACCAGGGCAAUUUCUACUGAAGUAUCGAUUGACUUUUAUUCCUAUCUAUUAUUUCUAAUUGUUCAUUUAAAGUAAGAAAAUCUUCUCUUAUUUUAGAACUUAUUUUGUUAAGUGGUGGUUAUGUAUCUGUAGUCUGCAUCUAACUCAAUGGAAGCCAUUUUACUCCUUGGCCACAAACUAUUUUAGACAUAGUUAAGUUCAAUCUGAUUAAA